UUUCCUUGUAUAUUAAACGCGAAAACGACGCAAAAACUUGGUGCAGCGAAAUUAAUAAAAAAUUUUAAUGAUUAAUAAAAAGCUAAAGAAAUGAAAUAAAUUAUAUUUAAUAAUAUUUCGACAUAUUGAUUUACAUUUUGUAAGGGUGAAAACAAACAAGUGCAUUUUUGAUGCGAAGUUCAUGGAAACCUCACUAUCUUUCAAUGCAAUUCAUUCGAAAGAGGUUUACAUUUCAAUGGAAUUCUAAAAUCAAUGCCAUUUAGGCCUGCAGACCGCCGGCCCAUUGUAUCCAUUCAGUGAACACAAGAUAUUACGCAUUACUGCAUUACUGCACUUAGUACGCAGCGAAUUAGAGUAAAAACUACGAUUCUAUACAUAUACACAUAGCAUAUUUGAAACAAAAUCGAAAACUUAAAAGCACUUGCGAAGGUCCUGCAUACACAUCCGGAGCCCCUACAAAUUAAACGAAAAAGAGGUUGCUGAAAAUUUUUGAGCCACUCCGAAAAGCAACAGCAGCCGAUGCAAGAAAAACGGAUACAAAACAACGCAGGCAAUAAACAAUAACAAAACUCAAGUGAAAAGCAAAACGGAAUAAAAAUAAACAACAAAGCGAGACUCGCCACGCGCGUCGGCCACUGCACGCUCCGGCAUAGUAAUUUCGAGCUUUUGCUCUCAUGCAGCCGCAAGCGCAUCGCUUCAGCUUGCAAACGUAAAAGUUCAACGCCACAAUUGUCUCCUGCUUGCCUACCAACUUGCGCUCAGCGUAGGCACAAGCGACAGCGACCUCAGGCUCAACUUAGUCGUUAUCAGCAUCGCAGUCGCAUCAGUUGCUUUAGUGGCUUGGCGCACCUGUUCGGCUGAAGCAGUUGCUUUUUGUCGGUUUCGCAUGCUUACGCUCAUCGAAGAUUUACACAUCGGUGAAGCAAUUUCGUGUAUUUGCUGAAAACGAAAAAAGUCGCUCAUACGACACGGUGUCUCAGUUACUUUGCCGGUGUUGACGCGUACGUUUACACAGUGUGAGUAAACAAACUGAUACAACAGUGUGCUUGUAAUCGCGGAGGAGCAUAAAAUACAAUAAAAAUAAGCAUUUUAAUUAGUGAAACUUGUUUUUGCAGAACUGACAGUGAAACAAGUGAAAAUAAAUAACACAACAACAUUCCUAAAGUACACCCUAAGGUAACAAAAAUAAUAUGUAAAAACAGCACGAAAGUCCAAAAUAUGGGGUCACAUAUGCAUGCAAAUGUAGAAUGUGUGGCAUUGUGGCAUUCAUGAAAAUUUGACGCACAAAGAAAACUAAUCCAAUUUAUUGGCACUUCUGUGAAUAAGUGGAAAAUAGUAGCACAAAAACACAACAAUACAACCAGGAAAUCUUUAGCAACGGGAUAACAAAGAAUCUACCAACCACCGCUUAAAUUAUUUAAGACAAUCUAACAACUGAAACUCGUUUCUGUCCAAAAAUGCAAUAAAUGUUAAAAGCUCACACAAAAGCAAAUAAAAUAUUAACCGUUUAUACAUACAUACAUACAUACAUACAUACUCGUACAUAAAAACUUUUCAAAGACUUCACACGCUCAGCGAAAACUUAUCAAAGCUGUGUAAUACGAAACGGAAAGGAUCUGGAUAAUUUUUCACAAGGCAUACGAGAAAAACGAAGCUUACUGAGAAACAAAAUGUCGAAUUUGCUCUACAUGGAUGAAACGAAUUGCAAUGGCAUCUACGCAUCCAAAGUCAAUAGUACGGCAUCACCACUAACAACAACAACAUCAAACAACAAUAACAUCAUUAACUGCAACGAAAGCAGCAACAAUAUUCUGCACGCAAGCAACAUUAUUAUGAGCACGACCAACAACAGCCAUAGUAACAGCAACAACAAUAGUAACGUUAACGGAAAUAGCACCAGUAACAUCAUAAAUAACGCAAGCACAAAUAAUAUCAACAACAUCAACAUCAUGAAUAUAGCAGCCUCGACUGUGGCAAUGACAGCGGCGGUUACCAACGCCAACGCCAACGUCAACGCUGCCGGCACCGGCACCGGCCUCACGUCAGCCACACUACCCACAUCCGUCUCGAAUGAGGAUCUAAGUCAGAGUUUAUCCGAGUACACGGAUGCGGAUGAAAGCAUAUCAGCACCGACCGAGUUUCUUGCUGAGUUUCUCUCUGCGGUGAUGCUUAAAGAUUACAAAAAAGCCUUGAAAUACUGCAAACUGAUUUUACAAUACGAGCCAAACAACGCAACAGCCAAAGAAUUCUAUCCGCUUAUAAUCGAAAAGUUACGAGACGCAGCGGCCAGCGAUAGUGAUGAGAAUUACAAUAAAUCGUCUUCGCCGGAACCAGUUUUAGAACUACAAUCCUCGGAUCCAUCGGCAGGCGAAAGUGAUGAUGCGGCUUUUGAAGACCAAGCGAUCGGUAUUAUUGAUGAUGGGAUUGAUGAGUUUGGACUGGCAGAGGACAAUUGUCAUUCUUUGGAUGGCUCAAAUAGUCACGAACUAAAUGUAAGUAGUCGAAGCGGCAGUAGUGACUCGGCGGGUGGUAGUAUAAGUGAUUCGAUGGAUGAAGAGGUCGAAGGAGAGGAAGUCGAUGACGAGGAUAUUGAUGGCAUUGAUGAUGAUGAUGUUGAGGAUGAAGAUGAAGACGACGACGAUGACGAAGUGGAAGAUGUCAACAGUAGCAGCGGUGAUGACUUGCCAAUCGAUGACCCGAAUUCGAUUGAGGCUGCAGCAGGUACCGGCAAUAAUUCACUUUCGUCGCGAAAUUCAUCUAGUGGCGGCGGCGGCAGCGGGCGCAGUCGAAGCGACAACACAACACACUCAUACUCCAGUUUACUGCUGGAAGAAGAGGACGAUAUAGCGCCGGUUAAUUUGAAAUUUACCAAAGAGCUGUCAUCGCCCGAUUUGGAUGUCAGCAAUGGCAACAAAUUAUCGUCAACUUCAUGUAGCGACUCGGAAUCACCAACGGAACCGCUAACGCAACGACUAGCCGCCAUUUUGCGCUCAAAGUGUGGUGUGUCCAGCGCUGGUGACAACUAUUGAAGGCAAUGCAAGUGACAUACAAACAAAACGCAUACGCAAACCGCAUAGUUAUCAGGAAAAUUCAAAACUUUAGUAUGAAAUGCAUACAAAUGAAUCUAGUUUAGUUGAAUAUAUAUACUAAUAUAUGUACUGUGUAUAUUUUCAUGUAUUCACUUGUAGCUAUUUAAGCGUUAUAUACUCGUAGUUUAGUAUAUGUAUAUAUCCAUGUAUUUAUGUACUGGCAUAUAACCAAAUUCGUAUACAACACGUUUAUUCAGAUAUAUAUCCUUGAAGUAUGUAAUGUACACAUAUUAUAGAUUAGCAAUUGAAGAGUUGAUUUUCUCACCACUGACAUUUCCCAUUACAACUUGCCAAUCACUCUCAAAUUUACUCAGAGAUUGAGCUUUGCGAAACUUUUGAAGAAGAAUGCUCAAAAAAGCGUAUAAUAUCGGAAGGAUACCUUAAUAAGAUGAUCUACUCACCCUUAAAAUACGACUACUUUUCUUAUAUACAUACAUAUAUAAAAAAUAUUUGAUCAACUUUUAUAAAUAUAUUUACUUAAAUUCUACUAUUAUUAGAAACCGCUAUGAGAUUUUGGAACUAUCUUCGCUAAAAAAUAUGAGGUCUAAAAAUACCAGUAUACAGCUGGUUCACCUUAAACUUAGGGGGUUUGUAUCAAAAUUAUAAAGUUCGUACGUGUUUAUGAAGUAAGUUUCAAAAUCUCUCAGCCAAUACUCUUUAUCAAUGACCUAUAAAUUUAUAUACUUUUUGCGUAAUAGUCUAGUAAUUAGUAAUACCUAGUGCAGAGAACUGACUCUUAUUUAUGAUAUUCUAGAUCACAAACAAAGUGGACUUGUAGUGGAUUUUAUAUGCAUGCUUUAGAAUUAGGUUUUAUAGGUACUAGCGAAUUUGAUAAAUUAAUACAAUUAAUAUUUAUUUAGUCUAUAUAUCUAUAUUAUUGAAGUGAAAAUAUACAAAGACAGGCGAGCUGUUGUCGCAUAGUCACCUUCUCAAAGACAUUUUGAAAAAUCUUUCAACGAAAUCGCAAAAGAAGAAAUCGGAAGUAGAAAUUAAAGGAACUAUUUGAGACGAGGAAUCUUUUUACCAAACCGGCUAUAAAGAGAGAACCACACAUUCAGUUUUCCAUCGAUCAAGGAAGGUUUAAUACUUAAGUCCAACUAAAUUCAAAAACAUUCUGAAAAACCUUUACAUUAAGAAAAUAAGGUCCACAUGGGCUAAAAAAAGGCGAAUUGCUCGUAAAACAUUUAAUCAUUGAUUUUAUAUAAUUUGGUGUGGAGGCGUGCUACUUCUUAUUUCAAAAUUUAAAAAGCGGUAACCGAAGCUAUAUUAUUUUUCGUGUUUUGAUUGAACAGUUUGGAUGACAGCUAUAAACCAUUGUGUUCCGAUCUGGACAAUAUGUUCGGAAAUUAUACACAUUCCCUGGGGUUAUAAUCUACGCCACAUUUCGUGACGACAUAUAAAAAAUCGACAAACAACUUUCAUAAAAGAACUUAAGCUUGAUCGGUCAGUUUGUACGCUAUAGAGGUCCAAUCCGCGCAAUUUAUUUAGAGUUUAAGCAGUGCCUCUCUGUCAAAUUUCUUGAAGAUAGCUUUUCAAAUAAAAAGUUUUCUGUACAAAAACAUGAAUUUAUCGUCAGUUCAAUAUCGGCGGUUCGGAAAAUUGAGUAACUUUUUGAAGAGAAAACGAUGAAGAAAAUUUCAAAUUGAUAUCUCAACCUGAGGGCCUAGUUGGUGUAUUUACAGACAGACGGAAGGAGAGACAGGCAGACAGUCGGAUAUAGCUAAAUAGACCCAGCUCCUGCUGAUCAUUUAUACUAUAUACAAGUAUUCGGUUUGUUCACCGAAGUUAAACAAAAUUUAAUUUGGCAUCUAAUUUAAUUUAUGAAAGCAUUAAAAAUACGUAGAAUAUGUGAUGGGUUAGGCCAUAGGCAAGUAUGUAUUUGUAUUGGUUAGAAGGUACUAGAUGAACAUAUCGUACAAAGAAAACUAUAUACUUUUGCUAAAUUAAUUAGAAUGGCAAAUCUAUUUCAUAAGCAUUAAAACACAAACUGAACUACAUACUAAUUUAUACCUAAUAAAUAUUUAAUAACCAUAAGCAUAAAAUGAGUAUAUUAUAGAACUUCUCAUAUAUUAUUAUAAACAUUAAAAUUAAUAUUUGAAAUGAUCACAAUUCAACAUUUUUAUGAGUUAUUUAUGAGUUUAAUCCAAAAACUAUUUUUCUUUUUUGCAAUGCAAUAUAAGCAUUCACAAAAACAAACAACAUAACAUUAACCGUUCCCACGACAGUCAGGUCUAAGAAUUUGGAACGCACCCGGAAUUUUUUCCGGCUAAGGACUGUCAACUCGGCACCAUUUCUUCAAAUUACUUCAGGAAUGUUUUCUGCCGCGAUCACAACAACAUAAUAUAAUAUAUAUAUAUUUAUUCAAAUUAAUUUUUUAAUACCUAUAAUAUUAUCACCACUUAAAUACCUAUUUGAAAAAUCGAGUAUACAUAACUGAUUUAAAAUCGAAAAUGUUUCAAAAACAUCAUUGAAUAAGAAAGAAAGUAAAACACAAACACUCGUAAAAGUAAGCUAACAUUACAAAGACUUCAUUAAUAGAGAGACUUUAAACUAGGAAGAUGGUGGAUUGUUGCAUAUUAAUUUCCAAGUGCAUAUAUACUCGUAAUAUAUAUACCAUAUAAGUAUUUAUAAGUUAUAAUCUCAACUAUUUACUAUUUAUACUAAUCUAUAUACUCAAUUUAGGUACGUGUUAUAACAUAUAGGCAUAUUUAGUAUGUAUGUGUAUGUAUCUAUUGUAUGUAUUUAUAUGUAGUUUUCCUGUACGCAUAUUUGUUAAUAGCAAUGUAAUAUAUCAAAGAAAAAUCAAGUGUGAAAGGAACAGUUCUGAAACAUAACACAUAGAUACAUAUAUACUUAUAACAGGUAAAACACCAGCGCAUACAUAUUUCGUAUAAACCAAAUAAAAAAUAUAUCAAACAAUA